AAGAGAAAAAAAGAAAAAAAAAAGUAUAAGUGUUGUUAGGGUAAUAUUUUAAACAAACUCACGAUCAUGACGAGAUAUACAGCUACUUAUGGGCAUAUGUAUGUACAAAUACAACACAAACGAGUUACGUGUAGCUCAAGCGAAAACCCAGCAAAAUUUCCCAACACCCUUUUACCCUCUCUCUCUCCCAUCUCAAACUGCUCAAUUUUAUGAUUAGUUUGGUACGAGGAACGGGUAAAACGAGGUACGUGUUGGGUUUCGUAUAGUAUUUCCAAUAGAACUAUAGUGCUAGGAAGAAGGGUCACGGGAUUUGUUUGUGGGUUUAUCAUGUUACUUGUUUGGUUGUGAGAGUUCAUCAAUGGGGUUUGGUCUGAAAAGGACGAAGAGGAGAGGAGAAGCAGAGGAAGAAGGAAGGAUGCGCAAGUCUUUCAAGGAUUCGCUCAAAGCUCUUGAAGCUGACAUCCAGUUUGCCAACACACUAGCUUCUGAGUAUUCAAGUGGAGGUGCCAGCUUCCAAAUGAGAUUGUCCUACAGUCCAGCUGCUCAAUUCUUCCUUUUUCUUGUUCAGUGGACUGACUGUCACCUUGCUGGAGCCUUAGGAUUGCUCAGAAUUCUAAUAUACAAGGCUUAUGAAGAUGGAAAGACAACCAUAUCCAUUUACGAAAGAAAAGCCAGUCUAAAGGAAUUCUAUGGUGUGGUGUUUCCCUCUUUAUUGCAACUUCACAGAGGAAUCACUGAUGUUGAAGACAGAAAACAAAAACAUCUAUGUGCUACUAAGUAUAAUCUUAAAGAUUUGACAAGCAAAGGAAAGUUUUCUGAAACUGACAUUGAGAGAGAAGAAGAGUGUGGUAUUUGCUUGGAGAUGAAUAGCAUGGUUGUAUUGCCCAACUGCUAUCAUUCAAUGUGUACGGAAUGCUACCAAGACUGGCAUGCAAGAUCUCAAUCUUGUCCUUUCUGUCGAGACAGUCUCAAAAGAGUAAACUCUGAUGAUCUUUAGAUCUACAUUAGCAGCAGUGAGAUCAAUGACUUGGCUUCAAUCAACAAGGAGAAUUUGAAAAGAUUGUUCAUGUACAUAGAAAGUUUGCCUGUAAUUGCCAGAUCCUACAUUCACCAUCUCAUAUCAUCACCACUAGUGAUUGCCAAUUAGUAGAAAGUUCAUUCAAGCCUAUAAGUUUCUAAUAUUAAUGAUUCUCAGUUUGUGCAGGAAUUUCUCCGUUUGUAAAUACAUGUUACCUUGUGAUCACAGUCCAUAUUAUAUACUCAUUUCAAUGGAAUUAAAUUAAGGGUUCACCAGUACAAAUAUUCCUCGUUGUCCAUGACCAG